GCGAAAAGGAAGAAAUCUAUGUUGUGAUCCACAAAAUAUGAGAGGCAUAAGAAAACAAACGAACCACAAUCGGCGGUGCAUUUGGUGGACAUGUGGGUUUGUGACAGGAUCUGGGGAGGUGGGUACGUGGCACGAGGAGGCUGCACAGCUGGCCGUCACACUGUCAGUGGGGACGGGGGCAGGACUCGGAUGGAGCACAUGCUCGUCUGUUGCCCUGCGUCGCCCCACAGAAGGAAGAUCCCCCUCAGCUCCGUCUGCUUCUCCAUCUCCAUCUUCCAGGAUGUUCGCUCGCCUCUCGCACUCCUCUUGCGUCUGCGGAACGAGAUCUGCUGCUGCCGGUGCUGGUGGUGGCGCAUGGGCAGCGCUUCCGUCGAUGGAGAAUUAUUGUGGUGGCCAGUGGCGCUGCAGUGCGGAGCAGCGGUGGCCCCGCCGCAGGGCGAGGGACGGGGGGAGGCCGAGCUCGGACCAGGCUCUGGUGGAUGAGAGGGGGCAAUGAGAAGCGCAAUGCCGCCGAGCUCAUUGUGCGCCUUUCUGUCCUCGGAGCUGGAGCUUGAGCUGGAUCUUCUGCUGCGGCUGCUGUUCACAUCAUCAUCGACAAGAGACCCGCGAGAACGCGAUGGAAUCGGGCGGAGCUCGAGCAGGAUAUGAUCGUCGCUGCUGCUAGAAGCGAUCGGCAGCUUUCUCCUUCUUCUUCGUCUGCUUCGUCUGCUUCCUCGAUUCUUCGAUUGGGGCCGUCUGCGAGCGAAGGAAGCACGAGGCCGAUUUUACGAGGGCACCCUAGGGCCGGGUCGAUUGGGGCGGGGGCACGAGGAACCGGAACCGAACAUGUUGUGGACGAUGGUCUGUCAGGUGCUCUUCAUCGUCUCGCUCUACUACAUCUCGCGCCUCUUCUGACCCCCCGGCGCCUCCCAGAUGGGCGCGCCCGCGAGGUGACGUCCAUGCCGCGCCUGCGCCGUCGGGCCCCGUCGAGCCAGUCCCCGAGCGCCCCCCGCCGUCGCCCCGAGGCGAUCGGAAGCAUGCGCGCCAAUCUGGACGGCUGCAAUCGACUCAGCGCAGCGCCGGGAGCAGCGGGCGUCGAUCGGCGGAGCCUCGGCGAGCCGCGCCCGCGCCCGCGCUCGCUCGCGGGGUCGGGGUUGGGGUCAUGGAGCGGAGGAGGACGAGGAGCACGGGCGCCAUCGCCGUCGCCGCGGCGAUCUUCGUGAGCCUCGAGAUCAUCUUCGGCGCCGCGGGCGCGCGGGCGCAGGCGCAGAGCGGGACGGAGUGCGCGACUUCCGUCGUGCAGGACGGCGUUGGGGCGAGGCGGUACGACGCGUGCGUGCUGCUGCCGGCGCUGGGCGCCUCUGUCUCCUGGCUCCGUGAGCUGGGCGGCGACGGCGGGGGCGGCCUCGUGCACGUGGCAUUCACCGGUUGGCUCCCGCGCGCCGGAGGCUGGGUGGCCUGGGGCGUCAACUCCGUUCCGUCCAGCAUGGUGGGCGCCGAGGUGCUGGUCGCCUUCGCCGCGGCCAACGGCAGCAGCACGGCGCUGCCCUUCCGCCUGACCGUUGCGCUGCUGCGCGACCAGCCGCUCGUUUCGUCGCCCGUCGACCUGCUGGCUCUGGAGGGCGUGCGCAUCUCGGACCUACAGGUAACGCUCUUCGCCUCCGUGCAACUGCGCCCGGGCCAGACUUCGCUCAACCAGGUUUGGAACUCGGGCCCCAGCGUCACCGACGGCGUCCCGGCUCCUCACGCGCUCGACGGCGCUCACCUCUCCAGCUUCGCCUCUCUCGACUUCUCGUCCGGCGCCGUCGAGUCAGGCCCGCCCGUUGUCGGUAACCUCGAUCAGAAAAAUGCGCAUGCUCUACUGUGCGCGGUGGGCUUCGGGCUCCUUCUCCCGCUGGGAGCUUUGGCCGCGCGGUACCUGCGGGCGUUUACGCUGUUCGAGCCUUACUGGGUGCACGUGCACGCGCUGCUGCAGGUCUCAGGCUACGUGGUUGGCGUCGCCGGGUUCGCCCUGGGCCUCGUGCUCGACAGCUACACGGCUGGUUCCCCUCAUGCCAAGCACAAGGACCUGGGCAUUGCGAUCUUCUCCUUCGUUAAUCUUCAGAUGCUGACGGCGAUCCUUCGACCGGCUAAGGGGCACAAGUGGCGCAGGUACUGGAACGUGGUGCACCACGUGCUGGGCUACGCGGUGGUGUUCAUCACCAUCGCGAACAUCUUCGAGGGCCUGGACAUUCUGGCGCCAGGGCACGGCUGGCGCAGAGGGUACGUGGGAUUCCUGGUUCUGGUGGGCUGCGUCGUCUUCAUCCUCGAAAUCAUCACCUGGAUGCUCUACUUCAUGGGCAAAAAUUCGGAGCACGCGAGCUCCGGCGUCAGCAAGCAGAGCGGCGAUGGCGUCGACGAGGGCAGCGUGCGAGCGAACUGGUUCUUCCGCCGCCGCUCGGACCCUUCCCUCAAUGUGUCGGGAGCGAACGCCGAGGCCGAGACCGAGGCUGAGGCCGAGAAAUUGGAAUCGCGCGGCGCCAUGGCGGUGUGAGACCGCAUCGAGCGGGUGAGGCGACAUCAUCGACGACGACGGCGAAGAAGAAGCUGUUGUGGCCAGAUCGGCAGAGAAAUUCGCGCGGAUGGGCCGCGACCGCCUGUAAAUUACACUCUAGUGCACAUCUCCAUAGAUGGAGUUGGGUGUUUGCUGUGAACCCUAGUCCGAGAACGGAGCUCCUUCUGCAGCCUCAUGACAUGACGUCGCCAAGGUCGCCUGUCGUGCGGGGCGGCACUUUAGAGCUCCACCAUUCGGCCUUCGGGUGGCUCUCACUCUCGCGCGCUCUCUGAGGCAGAAGAACGAACAGCGGUGAAUCAUCGACGGGUCGAUCGAUCUUGCGGUUGUAGAAUUGGGGCAAUUUUGAGGCAUCCUGAGGGGCGCAAGGUUUCUGGCCUCUCCGCCAGUCAACCCAAGCAGUAGUAGCAUUUGAUCAUUUCUGCACAUUUCUGCACAUUUCCAUUCUCGGACCUUCCACAUUUGCCGUGUAGAUAGAUUCCAGCCCUUUGUGUCGUCGUCAGUCUCCUCUCUGGGCUCCCUGUAAAGCGACAUCGUGUACAGCCAGCCAGCCAGCCUGUCUAUGUGUGUGGAUAUGAUCCCGUCGACGACCUCUUGCACUUCCUCGUACUACAUACAAUUCGUCUCAAUCGUUUGUUGUGCUCGUUUUGAGCUGCCAUCUCUCUUCUCCGUGGAGGAACUGGCUCAAUUACUUUCUAUACCUUGUUCAUUCUUAAAUUGUGUAAAAUGUGCUUUUGGGC